CAAACAUGGGCUCAGUUACCAGAGGACUCCAUUAAUCACUUCAAAUCUUCUUUCUCUUCUCCUCUCUCCCUCUCUCUCUUUCUCUGUGCAUCAAACUAUCAAUCGCUCUUGUAAUGGUGAAGAAAAAUGUUCCUGAUUGGCUCAACAGCUCACUUUGGUCCACCACCGCUCCUUCCUCCUCCGCCGACGACGAUCGCCUUCACCGCUACUCGUCCAAGCACUCCACUUUCGCUGACUCCACCACCUCAACCGAAUCUUUCGAUGGGCUACCUGUCCCGGUGUCACCGCGCGCUUCAAAAAUAGAGGAGCCUCCUCCUCGUCCUUCGAUGCCUGAAAUCAAAAUUAAGGAUAAAGAUAAAGAUUCGCGAAACAGCGGUAGUACUAGUUUUAAUAAUAGUAAUAAUGAGGAUAAUGGGACCUCUGUGACCAGUCCAUCUGCCGAGGAUAUUUCCAUACAGGCUCAGUUCUUGACCGAGUUGUCAAGGAAGGUGGUGAAUAUAAGGGAAUUGAGGAGAAUUGCAUGUCAGGGGAUACCUGAUGGCUCCGGUAUUCGUUCUACGGUCUGGAAGCUCUUACUGGGGUAUCUACCAGCUGAUCGCUCCCUUUGGUCAAGUGAAUUGGCUAAGAGGAGGUCUCAGUACAAGCAUUUUAAAGAGGAGUUUUUAAUCAAUCCUUCGGAAAUCACAAGGAGGUUGGAGGAUUGUGAAAAUGAUGAGGCAAAAAGUGAAAGCAGUGGCAUGCUAUCAAGAUCGCAGAUAACUCAUGGAGAGCAUCCUUUGAGCCUUGGGAAGACCAGCGUCUGGAAUCAGUUUUUCCAGGACACAGAGAUCAUGGAGCAAAUUGACCGAGAUGUGAAACGCACUCAUCCAGACAUGCACUUCUUUUCUGGGGACUCAUCUUUUGCAAAAUCCAAUCAGGAGGCUUUGAAAAACAUAUUGAUUGUAUUUGCUAAAUUAAAUCCGGGCAUAAGAUAUGUUCAAGGGAUGAAUGAAAUUCUGGCGCCCCUUUUUUACGUAUUCAGAAAUGACCCUGACGAGGAAAUGGCGGUUUUUGCUGAAGCAGACACAUUCUUUUGUUUUGUUGAAUUAUUGAGUGGAUUUCGGGAUCAUUUCUGCCAGCAACUUGAUAACAGUGUUGUUGGUAUUCGUUCAACUAUUACAAAGUUGUCCCAGCUCUUGAAGGAACAUGAUGAAGAACUUUGGCGCCAUCUUGAGGUCACAACCAAGGUCAAUCCCCAAUUUUAUGCAUUUAGGUGGAUUACUCUCCUCUUGACUCAGGAAUUCAACUUUGCAGAUAGUCUUCAUAUUUGGGACACACUUCUGAGCGACCCUGAAGGUCCACAGGAAACUUUACAACGAAUAUGUUGUGCAAUGUUGAUUCUCGUUCGGAGGCGCCUGCUAGCAGGAGAUUUCACUUCUAAUCUCAAGCUUCUCCAGAACUAUCCCCCUACAAACAUCAGUCAUUUGCUCUAUGUGGCAAACAAGUUGCGUGCUCAACCAUCAGGCUAAUUAAUUUUUGCCACGCUGCUUUACUUUUCAUCCCUCCCUUGCUUUUGUGUUUGAAAUCUAUUGUUUGUAAAUUACUGGAUGUAAAUGUUGGUUGGAAUGGAGGGAGAAUCGCCUGACAUUUGUACUUGGCUACAUCUCGUUGGACUAGGCAUUUUUUAAAAUUUUACUUUUGCUUUUACCCUUCUGUAUUCUAGGUUGAGGAGGCGAGUUUGUCACAGCUUUGUCUGUAUUCCGGGUCUGUCUAGGUUUGUAUUCUUUGGUAUGAAUCCAUAAAGUUUUCGGUUGUA